GUAUGAUGUUAAUCAAUGCUAGUGAAAUUUCAUAUUAGGAUUACAUGGAACAAAUUAAUAGCUUCCUGAUAGGCUUUUUGUUUCCAGCUACACAUGGAAAUGGUUUUCAUAAAAAUAUUACUUUUGUCGGCCAUAUUAAAGUUUGGAAAGGCGGAAGUAAGUAUUGUCAAGUACAUUGGAAGAUGUAAGGAAUAUCCUAACACACCUGCU